AUGACCAUCAAAGAGCUGAUUCACCGGCUUAACUGGGCACCUGCUGAACUAUCCCCUGAACCGCUCAAAUUUAGAAGGGUUGUAUUCGUGGGAGCUGACAACGAGGAGGAGAGUGACAAGCUGUCUAUAUACCAGGCCCAGCUUGCCGAUGAGGGCUACACAACUGUCAUUGUUAGCCAUGCUACGGAGAUCGUCCCCUGGCUAACGCCCGAUACGAUUGUUGUCCACAUCCCACACGCGGUCAGGGAGAAGAGCGGCGUCUAUGAAACGGUGACGAGGUCGUGCACCAGCUUGAUUGCAGUGGCACAGAUAAUGUAUCAUCAUAGCCAAGCCAACCGAAACGGGACGAGUAAGCUUUUCUCGCUCAUCUCAAGGGACUUCGGCACGAGUGAUCUAGGGUACGCCCCUCUGUAUGGCCUAGCGCGAGCCAUGAAGAUGAAAAUGUUGGGAAUUUUUGGCGGUCUGUUCGAUGAAGACCAAGGGCGCUUUCCAUUGUCCGCCUUCAAGUACGCGCAGGGUUUUGAUGUUGUCAGGGUCGUCCAGGGCAUAGCGCAGACCGCUUCACUCCAGGCAUUCCAGGACGAGGUGGGCGACCAAGGGCAGCUUCAACUCAAAGGGAACAGCACGUACCUCGUUACUGGAGGGACACGGGGUGUGGGUCUGGAAAUUGCGACAUGGUUGGGCGAGCAGGGUGCUCGUCACAUAUUGCUACUAUCUCGUCGUGGACUCAUUCCAGCCCUGGAUACAAACGAGAACAAUGCAGAUCACGAGCGGCUUGUCUCGCAAAUUGCCAAGCUCAAGAACCUGGGCGUCUCGGUCCAUGUACUCUCUAUUGACCUCAGCAAGCCUGAGGCAGAGGCCUUGCUUGGUCAAGCCAUCGACGAGUUGGAUAUUCCACCUAUCAGGGGGGUGGUCCAUGCGGCCGGCAUUGCAGGCUACCAUACCCUGCACUGUUGCUCUCCUUCGGAUGUCGCAGAUGUACUGGCACCAAAGGUGAGAGGCUCCUUGACAUUGGACGCGCUCUUUCCACCCGGUACGCUGGAUUUCUUCGUCCUUAUGUCAUCAGUCGGGCAACUCGUCGGAUUCCCAGGCCAGCUAUCGUACGCACCGGCAAAUGCAUUUCUGGAUGGCUUGGCGGCACACAGAAGACGCCAGGGUGAUAAGAGCAUGUCCAUCCUUUGGACCUGUUGGCGUGGCGUCGGGUUAAUGGCCCAAAAUAAGUCUGCCACCCGGAUGCUCACCAAGGGGAUGGCGGCUCGGGGCAUUAUGGACGUGAGCAAAUGCGAAGCGUUAUAUGCCUUCAGUCGCGUCGUGAGUCUUGAGACGGACCAUGUGGCAGUGGUACGAGUGUUGAAGCUCGAGCCCGACGAGCCGUUGCGGCAUCCCGUGCUCAAGGACAUCACACCGCGUAAGCAAGAAAAGCAAAGCACCGCUACGGCCUACAAAAGCUACCCCGAGCAUGCGGUGGCAGUGGUGGGCCUGGCUUGCCGCACAGCUGCUGGGGAUACUGUGGAUGACCUUUGGAAGAGCAUUGAGACAGGCAGGAGCAUGGCGCGAGAGAUCGACGUGACGCGAUUUCCUGAGGUAGUCAGUGAUGGCAAGAUGUGGGGUAACUUUAUGACUGACAUCGAGUCAUUUGACCAUCAAUUUUUCAAAAAGUCCAAGCGUGAGGCAGCAGCAUUGGACCCACAUCAGCGUGUAUUGCUCGAAACGACGUACCAUGCCCUUGAAUCCGCCAGUUGUUUUGGUGGUAGCCAGCAACAAGAAGCGGAAACCCACGACAAAAGCAGAGAGACGGAGAUAACAAGUUGUUUCAUCGGCAUGAAUGCACCUGAUUACCCUCUGAAUCUAGCUUGCCAUCCCGCCUCGCCAUACACUGGCUUCGGCAUGCUCCGGUCGUUCGUAGCGGGACGGCUGAGCCACCACUUUGGCUGGACGGGGCCCUCGCAGACCAUCGACACGGCCUGCUCAUCAGCCAUGGUCGCCAUCCACCAAGCCUGCCGUGCCAUCCAGGCAGGUGAAUGCACGCGCGCCGUUGCGGGCGGUGUCAACUUGAUAACCAACAUGGUCUUGCAUAACGCGAUGCGUGUGGGUGGUUUUCUCAAUGAGACAGGGGCCUGCAAGACAUUUGACGCCAGGGCUGAUGGGUACUGCCGUGGUGAGGCUGUGGGUGUUGUAGUACUGAAGCCGCUAGCGAAGGCGUUGAAAGAUGGGGAUCAUAUCCAUGGGGUGAUCCUGGCUACCGGCAAUAACCAAAACAUCAAUAGUACCAGUAUAACGAACCCGGCUAUCGAGAGCCAGAUGGCAUUAUACCGAGACGUGCUGGAUCGUGCUGGAAUCAACCCGGAAGAGGUCUCGUACAUAGAGGCACAUGGCACAGGCACACGUGUCGGUGACCCCAUCGAGGUGGAAGGGAUCCGGAAGAUCCUGGGCGGCAAGGAGAGACAAUCCACCUUGUAUGUUGGGGCUGUCAAACCCAAUAUUGGGCAUUCGGAGGGAGCCUCCGGUGUGGUCUCGUUGAUCAAGAUCUUGCUGAUGAUGAAGUACGGAAAGAUCCCAGGCCAGGCUCAAUUCCAGACAUUGAAUCCGAACAUUUCAGCCCUGGAGCCCGAUAUGAUGGCUAUCCCGAAGUCGAUGAGGGACUGGUGUGACGGCUUGCGUUUGGCCGUGGUUAACAGUUAUGGCGCUUCUGGAAACAACGCUGCUGCUGUCGUAGCCCCUCCGCCUCCGACUCCACCGCUACUACCGUCGUCCAUAGGGUCAGGGGCACACAGUCCAUCGAUUUCUGCCUGGCCUGUUUUCAUUUCGGCCGCUUCCAAGGCCAGCCUUUCUGCCUAUUGUCGAAAACUUCAGAUCCAGAUCCAGCAAGGCUCACUUGUUCCCGAAACAAGUUCUCACCUUGCUUUCGCUUUGGCCACGAAGCAGAAUCGUAAACUCCAGCAUGUGUUCAGCACAACGGCCACUUCCUUGAACGACCUACAAACCCAGCUUUCCGAGCCCGAGAGGCACACUACAUCCCAAGGUCCCAAGCCUAUAGUGCUUCUCUUCAGCGGACAAAAUGGCAACAAUAUUCCCUCGGCUAAACCGCUCUAUGACAGCUCCCUGCUAUUCCGAACACACCUACAUCGGUGUGAGGAAGUCAUGCAGUCACUUGGUCUGCCCAGUCUGUUCCCGGUCAUACUCCAGGGCAGCGAGGGUGAUGGUGACUUCAUCCUCCGCCACGCCACGAUGUUCGCCAUCCAGUAUUCGUGCGGUAAGUCAUGGAUCGACUCUGGCGUCAAGCCUGACGCGAUCUGUGGCCAUUCGUUCGGCGAGUGGGCAGCACUCGCAGUUUCAGGUGCUAUUACGCUUGAGGCUGGCAUGAGGCUUGUGACUGGUAUAUACAGCCGCGCAGCCAUCAUCCAGGAGGUCUGGGGAGACGACCCCGGGUCCAUGAUAGCCAUUGAGGCCGACUUAGUCGGAACAGACACAACACCAACCGAACAUUUAGCACCAUUCCACAAAAAGCACCCAGAUGCCAAGCUCGAUAUUGCUUGUUACAAUGGGCCGAACAAUUUUGUUGUCGCCGGCAGCACGGCGCACAUAGACCUUCUCGAAUCGUACCUAAACGAAAGGAAGUCUAACAGCGAGAAGCUGCGUUUCAAGGUCCUUAGGGGCAUGCACGCAUACCAUUCUUCUAUGGCUGACUCGAUCGUCGAAAAGAGCGCCCAGUUGUCAGCUUCAAUCCCAUUCCAGACCCCAGUUUUCCCGUUCGAAUCCUGCCACAAGCAAUCCUGGACUGGGCCAGGCUCUAACGUGAUUGCCCGCAAUACUCGCGGAACUGUGUACUUCGGGCCAGCAAUCUCACGCAUCGUCAACCGUCUGGGGCCCUGUACAUUUCUGGAAGCCGGCUUCGGAGGUCCAAUUAUAGCCAUGGCACAAAAUGCACUGCCACAACCUCAGACCCAGUCUCAGCAUACCUUCGUACCGAUCAAUGGGAAAACCCCAGUGCAAUCCCUUGCCAAUGCCAUAGUUACACUAUGGAAGAAUGGCCAGACUAGCGCACAGUUCUGGCUGUUCCACCGGAGUGAACAGUCGAGCUUCGUGCCUGUAGCGCUGCCGCCGUAUCAGUUCGAGAAGCACAGUCAUUGGCUUGAGUACACCCAUCUCACUGGCAACCGAGGUGGGAAGACAAAUGAGCAAGAGUUAACACAGUCUGAAAUGUGCUCUCACUGCUUGAAGGAUAUUGAUCGCUUCACCUAUAUAUCUCAGGACAAAUCUCAGAGCCAGUGUAUGGGCAAGUCUGUUUUCAAGGUCGACAUGCGUAGCAGACGGUACCAGGACCUCGUCAAAGGCCAUGUCGUGGUUGGGUCACCGAUAUGUCCAGCAGCAAUGUACCUGGAGCUAGCUUCGCAUGCUGUUAUCUUGCUACAUAAAGAUCAGGGAGCGGCUAAUAUCCCAGAGAUUGUAGCAGAUGCCGUCAAGAUCAAGGCACCACUCGGCUUGGACAUGCAGCGUUCUGUCAGACUGACCUUGACGGAGAAAAGCCAGGGCAUGUGGGACUUCGAACUGUUCUCCACUAAGAAUGGCAAGUCAAUAUCACACGCCACGGGGAGCAUUGCUGUGCGAAACAGCAGCAUUAGCAGUGUACACGAGGAACAGGAUAAGAAGGACAAGUGGGUCCGAAUCACCGAACUAUUAGAGACAGAUACCAAUACGGACGCUUUGCGCGGCACAAUGGUGUACAAGGUGUUCCGUAAGAUGGCCAUAUACUCAGCGGCCUACCAGGGCCUACGUUACUUGGCUGGGAAAGGCACCGAAUGUGCGGGGGACAUCACAGUACCCGUGGGUGACUUGAAUGCGAUAGCCAGGGCGCCGAACAACGGCAUCUCGGAUCCGAUUGUCGUGGACACCUUCUUGCAGGUACCUGGUGCAUGUAUACAUUCGCUGCGAGCUACAGAUGAGAUAGAAGCUGGAAACAUAUCUUACAUCUGCACGGGCAUCGAUGCGGUAGGACCGCUGAACGGGCUACGCGCUAGUGGGAAAUACAGAGUGUAUACAAAGAUUGUCCGGGAGGACAAUAGAGAGGCUAUUCUGGAUGUGUUUUCGUUUGACACACAGACUGGGAAUAUUAUUUGGUUCGCCAAGGGACUGAAGUUCUCAAAGGCCCCUCGCAGCUCGUUAGCUAAAGUGCUGGCAGGAGCCAAUCCUGGCAUGGAAUUUAACAAUCUCGUGGGCUCGUCUAACGCUGCUGCUCAGCCAUUUCCCCCCAAGAUCCCAUACCAGGUGACUUCUGCUGCCCAUCGGGAAAAGUUCAGCAAGGAUGAGAACAGAUCAGCUAGUGUAUUGAGUGAAGUCCAAAAAGUCCUAAGCCAGUCCCUGGACGUCCCAGUCGAAGAGGUCACAAAUCAGGCCUUGCUCGAAGAGCUUGGUGUGGACUCAUUAGUUGGCUCGGAAGUGCUAGCUAAUCUCCGUAACAGAUUCAAGAUCCAAAUUUCAAGUGAAGAUCUGACAACAGCUAAGAAAGUUGUGUGUUUGUGUGAACUGAUCUUGUCUAGAGUAGAUGGCGAAGCCAGCAGCGAUGUCGACAGUGAAGACCAGGAUCCCGACCCAAUAUAUAAAACUGGUGAUGACGGAACUCCAACAUGGCAGAAGACGGUAUUCCAGACCCUUGGGCAGUCCCUCGAGAUACCAACCACAGACAUUCAAAUGGAUUCGAAACUAGAGGAUCUCGGUGCUGAUUCUCUUAUUGCAGCGGAGAUCAUCGGCAACCUGAAUAAUGCCUUAGGUCUUGAUAUCUCCCCGACCGAAUUCUCCUCAAUGGCUGAUGUGGCAUCUCUCUGUGAAUAUGUUGCGGUCAAUGGUGGUGACCCUUUGGUACAGACUCCUACGACCAGUUUAUCCAGCCUUUCCAACACACGUUGUACUUCCAGAGAUGAUCUCUCUAUGGCCUUAGUUACAGCUGCAACCGCCCCAAUAGAGAGCAACAAGUCCACAUUAACCAAAGGCCUCACAGUGUCGAUACAUACGGUUUUCCAACAGAUCCGCUGCAGUUUUGAUACAUAUGCGAAUGAUACCAAGUUCACCGGCUACUGGGAUCGGGUAUACCCAUCGCAGCUGGGGGCUGUCACAGCCUUUAUUAUGGAAGCAUUUGAGAAGCUCGGCUGUCCUAUUAGGGAUUUUAAUCCAGGGGAGAAGCUCCCGAAUCUGCAAGGAACACUACCGAAGUAUCGCAGGGAGACCCGCCGGCUAUGGCAUAUCUUAGAAGAGGUUCGACUGGUCGAGAAAGCAGGAGAUGACUUCUUACGCGGUCCUGUGCUCCUAGGCAGUACCAGUUCUGGCCAGGAGCUAAUAACGGGCCUUAUAUCGGACUUCCCCCAGUACGCAUCUACGCACGGCCUACUCGGCCUCCUUGGACCACACCUAGCAGAGUGUUUGACAGGCAGGUCAGACCCUGUCCCCCUUCUAUUUGGCAGCGAUAAGGGUCGCGGCCUCCUCAAUGACUUUUACGCCAACGCACCGGAUCUUCUGGCCGCUACAAAGCUGCUUUGCGACUUCAUGUCCGCGGCCAUCCACUCGAAAGCUUCAAACGGUGAGCCCUUCCAUGUCCUGGAAGUCGGCGGCGGUACCGGUGGGACCACCAAGCACCUUCUCCCAAUGCUCCAAGCCACUGGUGUCCCUUUCAAAUACACAUUCACCGAGCUCUCAGUUUCAUUGCUGGCACGUGCCAAGAAAACCACGUUCAAGGGCAUCGCAGGCGUGGAGUUUCGGAAACUCAAUAUCGAGGAUGACCCGCCCGAGGAUCUGCUGGGGCGCUACCACGUCGUGGUGUCAAGCAACUGCGUACACGCAACGCGCAACCUGCGGCACAGUCUAGUUAACAUGCGCAAGUUGGUACGACCGGAUGACGGAUGCGUGGCACUGGUAGAGUUAACGCAAAAGCUGGCCUGGUAUGAUCUAGUCUGGGGCUUAUUGGACGGUUGGUGGCUGUUUGAUGACGGCCGGAAGUACGCACUGCAGAGCCCAUGGGCCUGGGAGCGGGUGAUGCUAGAUGCGGGCUUCACACAUGUUGAUUGGUCAGAGAGCGCGAGUCAUGAAUCUCGAAGUGUUCGAGUAAUCUGUGGCAUGGUCGCCGAGCCGGAGAGCGCAUGCCCAGCAAAGGCAACCUCGAUGCUCCUGCAUCGCCCAACUUUUGAUUCGGGAGACCGCAGCCUGUUUCUGAUCCCGGAUGGAUUUGGCUCCGGUGUUGUGUUCAGUGCCCUUGCGCCGCUGCUCUCUCCAGUGGAACAUGUGCCUGUUUACACGCUCAGCAGCCCCUUUCUCAAGUGUAAGCCUGAUUCAAACCAAGUGCCCACUACUGAGGAGCUUGCCGCCAUCUACGUGACCGAGAUUAAGCGUCGGCAACCCGAGGGCCCUUAUAUGAUCGGCGGGUACUCAGUCGGUGGGGUGUUGGCAUUUGAAGCGGCACGACAACUUCUUGAAGAUGGCAAUGAAGUCAAGAAGAUGUUUCUUAUUGACACGGCAUGCCCCACCUUCGCCAGCUGUAUGCCAGAUGCACUGGUUGACUUUCUGGAUUCCAUCAACCGCUUCAGCAUGAUGGAUGAGGACGAGACCCGAGAGAACAAGCGCGGCUCGCCCCUCACGAGCGACCAUUUCACGCUAGCAAGGCAGCAACUGCUGAUGUAUCGAGUGAGUAAGCUACCAGGUCAGAAGAUACCACAGGUUGUACUGUUCUCGGCGAGAGAGGGGGUGAAUAAACAGGAUGAGGUGCCUCUACCCGAGGUUCUCCCUGAGGAACAGCGGCUGGUGAACUGGUUCCUGAAUGACCGCGCCGACGAUGAAUUGUUUGAAUGGGACAAGGUUGUGGAAAAUAUUAGAGUGAUUCCGGCUGACGGCAAUCACUUUUCAAUGAUGCGACCUCCUCUGAUAAAUGGAUGGGGAUCCGAGCUCGCCAGGUUACUUCGUGCUUAG